GCUUUGAAGAUGCCUUUGAAAACAUCCCAGUGGCCACCAAGAUGGAUCUCAAGUGUGCUUUGGAAGAGUGUACAAUGGCAUUAAAUCUAUUUCUAAACAACAAAUUCUCAGAGGCUCUGGAAUUACUUCGUCCAUGGUCAAAAGGCAGUAUGUACCAUGCCCUAGGUUAUAGCACUAUUUUAGUUAUGCAAGCUGCUAUGACCUUUGAACAGCAGGAUAUCCAAAUGGGAAUUGCUACAAUGAAAGAAGCUUUACAAACCUGCCAAAAAUUCAGGAAAAGAAACACAGUGGUGGAAUCAUUGUCCAGUUUAGUUUCAAAACAAUCUGUAGAUCAGCUGAGUGAAGAGGAAAUGCACGCAGAAAUCUGUUAUGCUGAGUGUUUACUACAGAAAGCAGCACUGACAUUUGUACAGGAUGAAAAUAUGAUCAACUUCAUAAAGGGUGGCCUCAAAAUUAGAACAAGUUACCAAAUAUACAAGGCUUGCUCGUUGCUGCAGCGUGGAUGUUUUGGAGCUGCUUCUCUCCAAGGUACAAAGGAAGACCGCAGAGAAAAAAGAGAAUGUCAUCAAGUUCUACAGAUGACGCAGGAUAGCAAAGGCACGAAUGAAACCUACUACCAGUUUGAAGGGGGUGUGCAACUAGGAAUAGGAGCAUUCAAUUUGAUGUUGUCCCUUUUACCAGGAAGAAUACUUCGGCUUCUAGAAUUUAUUGGGUUUUCAGGCAAUAGGGAGGUGGGUCUCCAACAAUUACGAGAAGGAGCUUCUGGUGCCAGCCUGCGGGCCAUACUGUGUACUUUCACCCUGCUGCUAUACCACACCUACGUUUCAUUAAUCCUGGGAACUGGGGAAUCCAACCUCUUAGAAGCAGAGACUCUCCUUCAGCCUUACCUCCAGAAGUUUCCGAAGGGUGCCCUCAUUCUAUUUUAUGAUGCCAGAAUAGACAUUUUAAAAGGAAAUUUUGAAAAGGCUCAGGUGACAUUCCAGGAAUGUAUUGCAGCCCAGCAAGAGUGGAAACAGAUACAUCACCUCUGCUACUGGGAGCUGAUGUGGUGCUAUUCCUUCCAGCAGAACUGGCUUCAAGCAUAUCGGUAUGCAGAUUUGCUUUGCAAAGAAAGCAGGUGGUCAAAGGCAAUUUACAUGUUCCAAAAAGCUGCCAUUUUGUGUAUGCUUCCAGAAGAUGAUGUGAAAACAACAGGAGAAAACAUUGUAGCUUUGUUCAGACAAGUAGAAGGCCUAAAACAAAGAAUUGCAGGAAAAUCUAUCCCAACCGAGAAGUUUGCUGUGAGGAAAGCUCGACGCUAUGCAGGGUUUCAACCAGUGAAGCUGGUAGUACCUGCUCUGGAAAUGAUGUAUGUCUGGAAUGGCUUUUCAGUUGUUGGCACGAGAACUGACCUCACUGAAAAUUUACUGGUAACAAUUGAAAAAGAAGAAACUGAUUUAAAAAACGAACCUAAUCACAAUGAAUACUAUAUGGAUGACAUCUGCCUGUUGCAGCUGUUGAAAGGCCUGUGUUUGAAACAUUUAGGAAGACUCUUGCAAGCAGAACUCUGCUUCAAUCAAGUUAUUCAGAGUGAGAAGCAAUUGAAAUAUGAUAAUUAUCUAGUGCCAUACACGAUGUAUGAAUUGGGCCUUCUGUACAAAGAACAGGAUGAAAGAGAAAAAGCAAUACGUUUUAUAGAAGCAGCAAAAAACAACUAUAAGGAAUAUUCCAUGGAAUCCAGAUUACACUUCCGAAUCCAUGCAGCACUUAAUAGUCUUAAAGUGACUCCUGCUCCAACCCCUUGAUGUCAACUGAGUGUGAUGCGUAACUUAAGUGUCUACAAGUUAUUUGAAAAUUUUAAAAAAUCAUGUAAAUGAUGUAACAAAA